AUGAGUAAAGACCACAGAACGAAUAUAAGGCGAGAAGUAGCAAAGGCCAUGCUAUCAGCUCCUGUACGCGCAAAUACCUACCCACAAAUGCGCAGAAAGGCAUACACCAAGAGGCAGUCUCUUGACUUGACACCGGACGGCCCCAGCCAGACACCUCCUACCGUAACUUCAUGCCGUUAUGACAGUUCGCUUGGCUUGCUUACCAAAAAGUUUGUUUGUCUACUCAAAGAAUCCAAAGACGGCGAUUUAGAUCUCAACAAAGCAGCCACUGCAUUAAAAGUUCAGAAGCGAAGGAUUUAUGAUAUAACUAAUGUACUCGAAGGCAUCUGUUUAAUCGAAAAGAAUUCAAAGAAUCAUGUCAGGUGGAAAGGCCCUCCACAACAAUCCGUAAUGGGUUUGCGAACAGAUUAUAAAAAGCGAAUCGAAGAACUAAAAAAAGCCAAUGCGGAUCUCGGGUUGCAGAAACAGCAACUAGAAAAAGCGAGUGAAACAAUUGAAUCAGAUAUAAAAGCUAUUUUUGAAAACGAACAAACACGCAGGCUAGCCGUGGUGUACCAAUCCGACGUUGAGAAUGUCACUUCUCCACGAGACGAGCUUGUUAUUGCUAUUAAUACCAGCAACAGAGCUGAAUUACAAAUUCCCGACCCAGUCGAGGUCGAUCAACCUAACCAACAAGGAUACAAAGUUCAUGUCUAUGAACCACCGAACGAUACAGUUAACAUAUACAACCUAACAUCAUCGUGCUCUACCAAUUCCUCUUUAUUUGCACCAUCUCCACCAUCUCCAUUUUCUUCGUCUCCAUCAUCAGUAUCGUCGUUUUCAUCGCCUUCAUCGUCGCCAUCAUUCACCCCGCCUUCCUCACACUUGUCUCUACCAAUUUCAACAUCACCCUUACCGACAACAUACCCGUACGCUUUACCCUCUCCGCAAUAUCCAAGCCGUACGAACGUUACGAGUCAUAAUAGCCAUUCGAACAACAAUCAACACAAUUCGGGUUCGCUAUUACCGAUCAAUUCUAAUCGUCGCGUCAGUAACUCGAUUAUACUUCCGCCGCCAUAUAUACCGUAUGGACAGACGACGCCGAUGUCCACGCCUCCUGGAGAGGAUUAUGAUAUGAGUAAUUGCACUAGUGAAGAAGAAGAGGAUUAUUGUAGACGAGAGUUGUGCAUAAAGGAUGGAUACACGCAUAGCCAUAACGGACAACAACAGCAACAGACAAGUCAUGGUUGUGAAGAUGUUCGCGGAUAUAAUCACGACAAUGUUCGGGUAUAUUCUUAUCGACCCAAUACGGACAAUUACUGUUAUUAUAGACAGCAUUCUUUCGAUGAUGUGGAGACUAGCAAUCGGUUAAAGGAGUACGAUUUUGCAUACGCAAGACAGAAUUCGCGUGAUUUAUUAAGAUUUGAUGAUUAUCAUUAUCAGAGACGUGUAACAGAAUUUAGAAUGUGUUGA